CACCAGGGAGCAAUAAAAUACAUGCAGCCAUACCGCAUCAAGUUGAUGAUGACACACACAAGUUAGCUGCAAUAAUUUUAGUUGUUUUAUUUUUGCAUAGGAUAAAACUAUAUAUACCUUUCUGAAGUCGAAUUCAACUGGGAGUGACAUGAAACACCUUGAAGCCUCUUUUUGGAAACAUUGUUCACAGUCUGUCAAACUGCUGCUUGUUGGGAAGUUUUCUGCCUUCGUCCAGCGCUUGUAACUUGUGCUCCCAACUCGAGGCAAAAGAAUUGGCCGAACAUCGGUUCAUAUCUUGAAACACUCAUAAGUCGGGUCACUCAUAGUUGAGGUACAACUGUUUUAGCUGCAGUAAUAUAAGAAAAACAUACUGAGAACAUACAAAAAUGUCUUUUUUUUUUUAAAGGUUGUUUUACAACCUGUGCUAACAAACUGAAAUUUGAAGGGUUAAACAAUCAAAUUCAAUGGACUUUUUAUACUAAUGACGUGUACUGGUGUUAGUUAAACAUUUCAUGUGAUAAAAAAAACAAAACAAAAAAAGCUGAAAGGGCAGUAAAAGGCCUGAGAGUUAACAGCUUUUAUAUAAAAAUAAACAUCCGUGAGCAGAUAUAAUGGGGGCUUGUCUCGUUACAUGGAAGACUUAUGGUGUGAAUUUGGAGAGUGCGGGGGUGGGUUGGAGCAAAUCUCUCUUAAUUCCGACGUUGCCAAAAUGGUGAUUUGAACCUAAGUGAGAUGAAUGAGGCCUGUGGUUGAGCGAACACUUGAUUGAACGUGCGGUGGGUGUGAGGAUAUUAAGUUGACUGACCCGUCACGGGGGCGCCGACGUGGCGAGCAAGUGCAGGAGGCGGGACUCGAACAAUGGAAAAUGUGAGUGGGGAAAAAAGGAAAAAUUGGUUUACCAUAGGCGGAACGGUGGGCGUCUGCCUCACAGUUCGGAGGACCGGAGUUCAAUCCCCGGCCCAGCCUAUGUGGAGUUUGCAUGUUCUGCCUGUGCCUGCGUGGGUUUUCUCCGGGCUCUCUGGUUUCCUCCCGCAUCCCAAAAACAUGUACUCUUUGUAUACAUAUUGAUGGUUUUUAUAAUUGCAACAUGAUAGUGGUAGUAUUAAGAGGUGGAUUAACUUGGAUCAGAUAAGUCCCUACUGAAGGCCCACAGGUAUCAAAUGCACGGCCGUCACGGAUAAAAUCCAAACUCAAGUCACAAUGUCCCACAGUUGCACACUAUAACUUCAAUGUUUCUCAUUCGUUGUGUUUCAGUGGGCUGCGUCUAGCGCGAGAUUUCAUUGCGCUCAUUUAUCGCAUCUCGUUGAAGUUGCGCGCUGGCCGUCAAGUUUGCGGCGGUGUAUUUUAGCGAUGGAUUACUGUGGCAUGUUGAUCUCGGAAGGCGCGACAUAGAAUGUGUCCCUCUCGAGUAACGAGCGUUGGCAGCCAUUCGCUCGCCCGUCAGCUGUGGGACAAAAACAACACGACCGCUGCCAAGAGCUCCCACAAGGCACUGCAUGUGCAUCGAGUCAUUUGCCAGUUGUGAAAGAAUGUUUUAGUUAGGUCAAACCUUCGCAAUUGUCUCGUGGGCUGGAGGCGACGUGCUGAAGUUGGACUUCUGGGUGACUGGAUUGAUUGACAACAAUGAUUGUGCUAUCCCUCAUUUUUCACCUAACCAUCCUGACAGCUGCCACCUGGGCUUCCAAUGAUGAAACCCGCCUGGUCAAAACCCUCUUCACUGGUUACAACAAGGUGGUCCGGCCCGUCAGUCACUUCAAGGACCCGGUAGUUGUCACUGUGGGCCUGCAGCUCAUCCAGCUUAUCAGUGUGGACGAAGUCAACCAGAUUGUCAGCAGCAACGUGCGACUCAAACAGCAAUGGAAAGAUGUCAACUUGCAGUGGAACCCGGAGGAUUAUGGCGGGAUCAGAAAGAUCAGAAUUCCCUCCACUGACAUUUGGCGGCCCGAUCUGGUACUCUACAACAACGCCGAUGGUGACUUUGCUAUUGUGCAUGAGACCAAAGUGCUGCUGGAGCACACGGGACUGAUCACGUGGAACCCUCCUGCCAUCUUCAAGAGCUAUUGUGAGAUCAUUGUGCUGCACUUCCCCUUUGACCUGCAGAACUGCAGUAUGAAACUGGGCACCUGGACCUACGAUGGGAACUUGGUCGUCGUCAAUCCUGACAGCGAUCGUCCCGACUUGAGUAACUUCAUGGAGAGUGGAGAGUGGGUGAUGAAAGACUUCCGCAGCUGGAAACAUUGGGUGUACUACGCCUGCUGCCCAGACACCCCCUACCUGGACAUCACCUACCACUUCCUCAUGCUGCGCCUCCCCCUCUACUUCAUCGUCAACGUCAUCAUCCCGUGCAUGCUCUUCUCCUUCCUGACAGGGCUGGUCUUCUAUCUGCCCACAGACUCUGGUGAGAAGAUGACCCUGAGCAUCUCCGUCCUCCUCUCUCUGACCGUCUUCCUGCUGGUCAUCGUGGAGUUGAUCCCGUCCACCUCCAGCGCGGUCCCGCUCAUUGGGAAGUACAUGCUCUUCACCAUGGUCUUCGUGAUCGCCUCCAUCAUCAUUACCGUCAUUGUCAUCAACACUCACCACCGAUCCCCGAGCACCCACACCAUGCCCGAAUGGGUUCGAAAGCUUUUUAUCGAAACCAUCCCGAACAUUAUGUUCUUCUCAACGAUGAAGCGUCCCGGAAAGGAAAAGCCAGUGAAGAACAUCUACGGCGGCGACUUUGACAUCUCAGACAUCUCUGGCAACCAGGCUUCUGCUGUGCCCUACCAAUCACCCAUAACCAAAAACCCAGACGUCCGCAGUGCCAUCGAGGGAGUUAAGUACAUCGCGGAGACGAUGAAAUCGGAUGAAGAAUCAAACAACGCUGCUGAGGAGUGGAAGUUUGUGGCCAUGGUGUUGGAUCACAUCCUGUUGUGCGUCUUCAUGGCUGUGUGUCUCAUCGGCACGUUAGGCGUGUUUGCUGGACGUCUCAUUGAGCUGAGUAUGCUCUAGAUCACUGGUUCUUUAGCUUUUUACACCAAGUACCUCCUAAACAAAAUUUAAUCAAUAUUAACGCUGUCCAAGUACCACUGGCACGAAAAUGCAAUAAGGCAGUACAGUAAGUGUUCAUCAAAAACGAGACGGAGGUUUUGUUACUAUAAAGUAUUAAAUAUUAUUAUAAGCCAUUGUAACAUGCACAAUUUGAACAUUAACAAUGCGCUCAAAUAUAGGAAAUGUAUUGAAUAUAAAAGUUAAAUACAACUGAACUGUACUUAGGCAGUGAUUCUUUCAUGUACCACUAGAGGGAGCCCGCGCACCACACUGAGAAUAGCCUCAUGGCUGCUCAAAGAGGAGUGAACCUCAUUACAUGUUUUUUUUUUUUUUUUUAUCCCAUUAUGGAUUGUGGAGCUCCCUGUUUGCUCUUUUGGUGCUUUAAAAAUGACUGUAUUUAUAUUUUCAAUAUUAUUGUGUAAACCUGUAUCAUAUAUAAUGAGUAGUUUGCCUUUUUUGGUACUUUUAUGAAACUAAUGUCAUGCACUGCAGGUUAACACAUCUACAAUAAAUCCUAUGAGGAUUAUAAUGUUCCAUUUUUGCAGGUUCUAUGUGUGCUGUGCAUGUUAUGAGUAAUACUAAGUGUUCUGAAUGCCAUUUUAUUACAAUAUAUGAUCAUUAGAUGAAUGUUAGCAUGUCAACAGUUACUGUAAUUCAUCAUAAUAACUAUCAUACAAUACAACACAACACAAUACAUUCUGUUUGAUAAUUAUAGCUUGAAUAUCUGUCAGGAAGUCCUUUAUAAACCCUUCCAAUCUUUGAUAAACCCUGCACAAUGUAAUGAGAUAAUGCUGUGUUCUUGUCAACUACAAUUUUUUUUUGAAUAAUAUCUACUAUAUUAAUUACGUCUCAUUAAUGUCUUUGUAAAGGGAGAUAUGAACUAAAGUGCUUUAUUGGAUUUCAUCUGAUUUUGGCGCACGUCUGCCCAAUGUUGAUGUGUAUCAAUGUAUGGAGUCUGUACAGGUAUGCAACUACAUUUACUAUUUGGAAACAAAAUUUAGGGCCACAUGGAGGCCUAGAUGUCUCCCUCACAAUUUUGAGGGUUGAUGUUAGAAAAUUGAUUAAUUGAUGGAAACAAAUUGCCUCUUGAAAAUGUUUUACGGCUCGAUUAGGUAAACUUUUGUGCGCGAUGGGCACGUUGGACUUUUAAAAUAGACUGAAGGACCAGUGCAUUAGUAGAUUGAGGUAAUAAAUAAACAAACAAAUACAUAAAUAAAUACAUUAUGUUAUUCAUAAUUAAUAAAACUUCUUAAUUAAAUUCUAAUUCAUCAACCAUCAACCAAAACAAAUUAAAUCUACGGUAGGGAUUUUUUUUUGUAAUAAUAAUUUGUAUUAUUAUUAUUUAAUAAGACGAAAAUAAAAAUAUUGUAAAAGCACAUAUUUUAAACAACCAAUUUUUGCAAAAGUAAUGCAACUAAUAUUACAGGACUCUUAACGUAAGUUGGCCAACCCUGUUUUAUGGCGGUGUUGUUUUUCUGUGAGGUACGGCUCAAGUUAUGAAUGACUACCCCCAGUGUAACUUGUCAUAUAUUAAAUAUAAAUAAAAAAUUGACACAUAUCAGCAA